UGGUGAUGCGCUAACGUGCCCGUGCGUGACGCUACCGCCCCUUUGUUGGCUCAGCGACGGGAGCUGCACGGUGUCUCCAGGAGACCGGAACCGGGGGAGGGGGGGUUGUCGUGUUUCUCUUGUUCCUACGACUGGGAACAUGGACUCAGACGAAGGCUACAACUAUGAAUUUGACGACGAAGAGUGCAGCGAUGACAGCGCCGCCGACGAGCCUGAAGAUGAGCUAGAACUUGCCGAUGUGGAGCUGGUGGAAGCUGGACUUGGCGGAUCUGAAAGAGCCGGGAUAUGCGGAGAAGGAGGUGGAGGUGUCCUUGGACCUGGUCCUGGUGGGGAAGAAGAUGACGACUACAGAUAUGAGGUCCUCACUGCCGAGCAAAUUCUACAGCACAUGGUAGAAUGCAUCCGUGAAGUGAAUGAAGUCAUCCAGAAUCCAGCCACCAUCACGAGAAUACUCCUGAGUCAUUUCAACUGGGACAAGGAGAAGCUAAUGGAGAGGUAUUUUGAUGGCAACCUGGAGAAACUCUUCUCAGAAUGUCAUGUCAUAAACCCAAGCAAGAAGUCUCGGACACGACAGAUGAACACACGGUCCUCUGCCCAAGAUAUGCCCUGUCAGAUCUGCUACUUGAAUUACCCAAAUACAUAUUUCACAGGCCUCGAGUGUGGUCACAAGUUCUGCAUGCAGUGCUGGGGUGAAUAUUUAACCACCAAAAUCAUAGAGGAAGGAAUGGGACAGACCAUCUCCUGCCCAGCUCAUGGUUGUGACAUUUUAGUUGAUGACAAUACAGUAAUGCGUUUAAUCACAGAUUCAAAAGUAAAGUUAAAGUAUCAGCAUCUAAUAACUAAUAGCUUUGUAGAGUGUAACAGACUAUUGAAGUGGUGCCCUGCUCCAGACUGUCAUCACGUUGUUAAAGUUCAGUAUCCAGAUGCCAAGCCUGUGCGUUGCAAAUGUGGCCGUCAGUUCUGCUUCAAUUGUGGAGAGAAUUGGCAUGAUCCUGUUAAAUGCAAGUGGCUCAAAAAAUGGAUUAAGAAGUGUGACGAUGACAGUGAAACAUCAAAUUGGAUUGCAGCUAACACAAAGGAGUGUCCCAAAUGUCACGUUACCAUAGAAAAAGAUGGAGGCUGUAAUCAUAUGGUGUGUCGGAACCAAAAUUGCAAGGCAGAAUUCUGCUGGGUGUGCCUGGGUCCUUGGGAGCCCCAUGGAUCAGCUUGGUAUAAUUGUAAUCGCUACAAUGAAGACGAUGCAAAGGCUGCCCGAGAUGCACAAGAGCGAUCCAGAGCAGCCUUACAAAGAUAUCUGUUCUACUGCAACCGCUACAUGAACCACAUGCAGAGCUUGCGAUUUGAGCACAAGUUAUAUGCCCAAGUCAAGCAGAAGAUGGAGGAGAUGCAGCAGCAUAACAUGUCAUGGAUUGAAGUACAGUUUCUGAAAAAGGCUGUGGAUGUACUGUGCCAGUGCCGCUCCACACUUAUGUACACGUACGUCUUCGCAUUCUACCUCAAGAAGAACAACCAGUCUAUUAUCUUUGAGAAUAAUCAGGCAGAUUUAGAGAAUGCAACAGAAGUUCUUUCUGGAUAUCUGGAACGGGAUAUUUCACAGGAUUCUCUUCAAGACAUUAAACAAAAAGUACAAGAUAAGUACAGAUACUGCGAGAGUAGGAGGCGAGUUCUGCUGCUUCAUGUGCACGAAGGUUAUGAGAAGGACUUGUGGGAAUAUAUUGAGGACUGAGCCGUCUCCACAGACCAACCUCUGUUGCCACCUGACACUAUAUUUCAAAUCCCAUUAAAUGCAUCUCUGUCCCAUGAGGCUGGUCCCCGCACAUU